GUACAAAAGCUUUAUUCUGUAUGGGAGGCAGACAUCAUCCCCAACCAUAAGGGUUUGAUUAUAUUUAUGGAACAAGCUCAAGAUCACUUGUAGCUUCUGUGGAAUAUAACAGGUCCUGUGUGGACAAUGGCAUCGGAGGAGAUGGAAGGUUUGUGCCCAUUACCAGAGGUGACUGGCAUCAAGGUCGAGCCAUCAGUCAGCAUUGGUUCAGUGGAGGAUGCCAACUCACAGAACGCCAUGGGGAUAAAGUUUAUAUUACCCAAUCGCUUUGACAUGAACGUAUGCUCACGCUUUGUGAAGUCGCUGAACGAGGAAGACAGUAAAAACAUCCAGGACCAGGUGAACUCUGAUCUGGAGGUGGCCUCUGUGUUAUUUAAAGCGGAGUGUAAUAUCCAAACAUCUCCCUCACCUGGUAUUCAGGUUAGGCAUGUGUACACGCCAUCGACCACCAAACACUUCUCUCCCAUUAAGCAGUCCACCACACUCACCAACAAACACCGUGGGAACGAGGUCUCAUCCACACCGUUGCUUGUUCACUCACUGUCUAUACAUCAGUUGGCGGCACAAGGAGAGAUGGUGUUCCUUGCAAGUCGAAUAGAACAAGAGUCUGUGAUAAACCUGCAGGAUGAGGAAGGAUUCACCCCACUGAUGUGGGCAGCAGCUCAUGGACAGAUUGCUGUGGUGGAGUUCCUGUUACAGAGUGGUGCAGAUCCUCAUCUCUUGGCCAAAGGGAGAGAGAGUGCCCUGUCAUUGGCCUGCAGUAAAGGGUACACAGAUAUUGUCAGAAUGCUUAUCGACUGUGGAGUUGACGUCAAUGAGUACGAUUGGAAUGGUGGUGCUCCGUUACUCUACGCAGUGCAUGGUAAUCAUGUUCGCUGUGUGGAAAUCCUCUUAGAGAGUGGAGCUGACCCAACCAUGGAGUCAGACUCUGGGUUCAACGCUAUGGACAUGGCUGUGGCGAUGGGCCAUAGAAAUGUCCAACAGGUCUUGGAGGCUCAUCUUCUGAAGCUUCUGCAAGGUAUCAAAGAAUAACCAUGGCAUGUACAUGACAAAUUGGGAGUGAAUAUUUGAGUGUUAAAUAUCUGCUAACUCACUGAUGAAGUGAAUUGUCAUUUUUGAAUCCACCAUUGAAUGAACAUACAAAUGUACUGACCCAUAAACACAUGACAAUUGCUGACAUCAGAAA